CAGCUAACUCCUGACUCUCAGCGACACCUUGUACAAACGGUCACUCACUCAGUAGUGUUCUACAAGAGGCUUUUGAUCUGCACUGCGUCCAAGUCUGCUCUAGUUGAGGUCGAGGAGUAUCGACACACAUCAUAAGCCUCGAACGCUGUCUGGCUAUGGCCACUUCACAAGAGGUUGUUCUUGUUACAGGAUGCUCUAAUGGUGGCAUCGGCUUUGCUCUGUGCGAAGAAUACGCCAGGCAGGGCUGCAAAGUGUACGCCACCGCUCGGCGGCUGCAGUCCAUAGACGCCUUCACCGCCCCCAACAUCGAGAAACUCUCCCUCGACGUGACGAAGGAAGAUAAUGUGCACGAGGUCGUGCAGACCAUCAUACAGAAAGAGGGGCGAAUCGACGUGCUUGUCAACAACGCUGGCGUCCUCUGCGUAGGACCCGUCAUUGAGGUGCCUAUGGACGUCAUCGAGCGCACAUACGACACAAAUGUCUUCUCGAUCAUCCGCAUGUGCAAGGCCGUCAUUCCUCACAUGGCCGCCCGCAAGAGCGGGACCAUCGUCAACAUAAGCUCCAUCGGGGCGCUCAUCCCCACGCCGUGGGCCGGCAUCUACGGCUCCACCAAAGCGGCGGUGCAAUCGCUCUCCGACGUGCUCUACAUGGAAUGCAAGCCGCACGACAUCUCCGUGCUCGUAGUGACCACCGGCGGCAUCCGCUCGAAGCUGUCCGAUAACCAGGCCGCGGCGUUUCCGGGCCUGCCGGAGGGCUCGCUGUACAAGCGGUACCUCACGGACAUCGUCGCUCGCAUCCACGCGAGCCAGACUUCGGACGCGACGCCUGCAGAGGCGUACGCACGGCAGGUUGUCAGGAGGAGCUUGCAGAAGAAGGUCCCGAGGGAGAUAGUAUCGGGAGCGAAAGUGACCCUGUACCGGGUGCUCCUGUGGCUUCCGAGGGCGGUUACAUUGAGUCUCUUCUGGUACUUCUUCACGAAGAAUGCGCGUCGUUCGUCGUAGGAUGAGCGUACGUCUCCCAGAACCGUCUUACGCUAGACGUGUUCAGGUGGUUCUGCCUGUCCCAUCAUUAUCCAGAUCUUGCCUUCUUUGCGAAUGAAUGGUACACAAUGCUGUCGAAUUGAAUUUAGCUUAUGC